AUGUCCCUAAAACGAUUUUAUCUGUUGCUUCGUGCACUCAGGUUCGAUGAUAUAAAUACAAGAACUGAAAGAAAAAUGUAUGACAAACUAUCCGCCAUCCGAAUGAUAUUCGAUGGAUUUGUACGUUGUCAAGCUCUAUAUACUGUUGGGGAAAACUGCACUAUCGAUGAAAUGCUCGAAGCAUUUAGAGGUAGGUGUAGUUUUCGUCAGUAUAUCCCGAACAAGCCAAAUAAGUAUGGCAUAAAAAUUCAAGCAUUGGUGGAUUCACGUACUUUUUUUACUUCUAACAUGGAGAUAUAUGUAGGAACACAGCCUGACGGCCCAUUCAAAUUUGAAAAUAAGCCAUCAAGUAUUGUAAAAAGGAUGAUAACUCCAAUUUCUAAAACUGGUCGAAAUAUCACGAUAGAUAACUGGUACACUUCCAUACCAUUGGUAAAUGAGUUGCUUGAAAAUCAUAAUUUGACAACUGUUGGAACUCUACGCAAAAAUAAAAAUAAAUCCCACCUUGCUUUUUAG